AUGGGUGUAAUACGAAAGAAGACCGCCGCGCGCGGUACAGAAGCUGGCACCAAGUAUCAUUGCGAUGUCUGCUCUGUGGACGUGACUUCUACUGUUCGCAUAUCAUGCGCACACCCCGCCUGCCAUGAAUACGAUCUAUGUGUACCAUGUUUCGCCGCCGGGGAAAAAUCCAAAAACCAUGACCCCCCGACGCAUCCAUUUCAAGUUAUAGAACAAAAUUCUGUCCCUAUCUUUCAAGAAGAUUGGGGUGCGGACGAGGAGUUGCUGUUGCUGGAAGGUGCCGAGAUCUACGGGUUGGGCUCGUGGGCUGAUAUCGCGGAUCAUAUCGGUGGCUAUCGAACAAAGGAUGAAGUGCGAGAUCACUACUUGAGCACAUAUGUUGACAGCCCCAACUUUCCCCUGCCAGAACGCGCCGAUCCUGAAGAUACGCGUCUCCAAGACUCGAUUUCAAAGGAAGAGUUCCAGUCUCGGAAGAAACGGCGCAUCGAGGAGCGUAAGGAUGCUGCCAAGGCGGCUGCUCCAACCACGCCGAAACAAAAGCCGACAGCCAGUGUGCCGGCUUGUCACGAGGUGCAGGGUUACAUGCCGGGGCGACUGGAAUUCGAGACGGAGUUUAUGAAUGAUGCAGAGGAGGCUGUACAACAUAUGACCUUUGAGCCUGGCGCUGGCGAUACUCCCAAUAGUGAGACAGACGCAGAGAUGGAAUUGAAGAUGACCGUCUUCGAUAUAUACAACACCCGCCUCACGGCACGGACAGAGCGCAAAAAAAUUAUAUUCGAGCAUAACCUCCUUGAUUAUCGCAAGAACACAGCGUUGGAGAAAAAGCGAACGAAGGAGGAACGGGAUCUACUGAACAAGGCCAAGCCCUUCGCGCGAAUGAUGAACCGCGACGAUUUCGAAGAAUUCAACAAGGGGCUAGAGUACGAGCACAAUCUCCGGCUGGCAAUCUCCCAAUUACAGGAAUGGCGUCAGAUGGGAAUCGGGGACCUCAAGGGUGGGGAGAAGUAUGAGCAGGAGAAGCAGCAACGCCAAGCGCGACUCAUGCCCCAGGGCUCAUUCGAACGAUUUGCCAGCACCCGUCCGAAACAGAACCAGCAGCCGGAGCAGGCCACUGCCGCCAACCAGCUGACGACACCCGAACUUCCGUUGCGACUGCAAAAAGCCGCCGGCACCCCCAAGGCGCCAGAGGCCAACGUUCCUAUGAAUGAUUUUGACCGCGCCUUUGCUGCAAGUGGGGACGGCGCGGCUACGCCCCAGCCGACAAGAGCUAAAUUUGUCAUCCAGCCACUGAACGGCGUAAUUCCUUGGAAGUUGGAAAAUGAAGGUGCUCCGGACCUCCACCUUUUGACCAAGGAGGAGGUGGAGCUCUGCGACAUCCUCCAUAUCCAGCCGAAGCCGUACUUAGUAAUCAAAGAGACACUUUUAAAGGAGUCGAUGAAGUCUGGCGGAAGUCUGAAAAAGAAGGAUGCACGGACUAUUUGCAAGAUUGACAGUACGAAAUCAAGUCGGGUAUUCGAUUUUAUGGUGCAUAGCGGAUGGAUAAACAAGGGAUAA